AUGAGCCGUGCCAUGGUGAUUUCUCUUCCUAUUGUUGAACAGUUGUCCUUGGUCCUUUUUGAUGUCUUCGCUGAAUCUCCAAGUCUCCCCAGGCAGUACGCGAAAUUAUCGCUUAUUCUUUCCUCUUCUGAUCUCCUGUUCAUCAAGCUUCUUAUAAAGAAGAUGUCCACAGCCUCUUUGAUCCCCUGUUUCCUGAUGUUUUCCCCAGUCUUCCCGUAG